ACGAUAGAUGGAGUAAUUGAAAACAAAGAUGGCCGCCUCUGUUUUUACAAAAAUUUAUGUUGUUCUUUUCUUGGCACAUAUCAAAGGUUUUCUAGCAAAUGCGUUCAUCCAGAUUCAGCCUCUCCUCACAAUCGCAAAAGAAGGCGACAACAUCAUUAUAAACUGUACUAUCACCAAUGCCAUCAGCAUAUAUUGGGAUGUCCCAAAAGAUAGACCAAUAUCUGUAAGACGAUUAUCGCAAACGGUUCUUCAACUAGAGAUACAGAAUAUUGGCUAUGAUGAUAGUUAUGAAGGAGGCAACUCCUCCAGUUACAAGUUUACGUGUAAGGGUGAAAGUCAACAAGGCGGGAUUAUGAUCGCAGUCCAGAAGCACCCUAUGAUUAAGGUCUUCCGAUCUUAUCCUAAUAUUCUUGUAGAGCAGCGAAACAAAACUUUCCAGUGUGGAUCUAACCAGUUGUUCCAGUGUGGAACUGGUGUUUGUAUAUUCAAGCGCUACAGGUGUGACCUCGUCCCAGACUGCCCAGAUGAAUCAGAUGAAUAUCACUGUGGGCCAGAUGUAUGUAAGGGAAAGUUUAGAUGUCGUUCCGGGCGCUGCAUAAACAAGUGUGACCAACUCCAUGAUGCGGAUUGUAAAGAUGAAACUAAUUGUGGCGAUACAGUGUACUACAUCAACAAUCCCGAUGCUGCAACCCCAAUCCCUGAUACGCAUCCAGUAGGGGGCUUUGAUCAUUCUGAGUUCAGUACAAUUAAGACAACAGUGUACGGCGUCGUAGGCUCAGUAGUUGGGCUUGUAGUCUUGGGCGCGAUAUUAGUCGUCGUAGUGUGCAGCAUGAAGAUGAAACAGAAAGCAGCACGGAGGCUUUCCAUAGCUCGAGGGGCAUCUCAUCCACACACACACAGGGGUCGAGCACCUAGACCCAUAUGGCAGCGCUCGACUCCCCAUUAUCAACAUCCAGAUGUUGAACCAUAUGAACUGCAUCGUUGUCCGGCUUCUACAAAUGUGACAACUAAUUUUAAUGUUGCUGAUGUAGAUAAUCAAGCUCUAACUGAAAGUCUGUUGGUAAAGCCCCCUGAGUAUGUCGAGGUAGCCCCUGAGGAGCCUCCACCACCGUAUAGCACAAUUGAUAGAAAUAAGCCCCCUAGACCUGCUACAGGUCCAGGAGCCUCAAAUGCACAAACUGGCCCUAGUAAUGAGCAGGCAGAAUUAGAGAGAGUCAGGCAAUUGCUCGAGUUAUCAGCUAUCAGAAACAUACUUUCUACAAGUAAUAGUAAUAAUAAUAGAGGGGGGCACAGCAAUAGACAGAAUGCCUCCAGUGGGAGGGAGUCAACUAGAAACACUCGCUCUAGAGGACUUUUUAGACCAAUCAGAAGCGGAAGAGCAGCAGCAUCAUCACAUACAAACACUACAGCGCCAUCUAAUGGCUCACAUGAUAUUAAUCGAGAAGAACUCAAUGAAAUACGACGUCAUAAUCGAGAAAUGAUUCGACAAUAUCUAUCAUCAACCACUAGUGCUAACAGAGGCCCAAGUGGUAGACACUGUAGGCAUGGAAGGAAUAAUAGACGUAGUCUGCAUGAGGCUGCAGCUCGGGCGGCAGAUCGAAGUAAUAAUGGACAGUCCAAUCGAGAGAGACCAUUAAGUAUGGUAUGAAAAUAACACAAUUUUAACUGUAGGCAUGGCAGGAAUAGUAGGCUGAAGCUUGGGCGGCAGUUGGAAGUAAUAAUGCCCAGUCCAAUCGAGACAGACCAUUUAGCACGAUAUGAAAAUAACACGGGUUCAAUGCAAGUGAAUUUUAACUAUUGAUAGUACAAUAAAACAUGUGUAUGUGGAACACCUUUGGCACCUUAAAAAGCGAUCAGGCGUUCAACAGGUUUCACUGUACAUUGUAAUUAUCAUGUUAAAUCAUUUACUGUUUUUUACACAUUCACAAAGUAAAAAAAUGAAUAAUUUGGGUGUUAUGUACAGAUAGGCUGCAAAAAUGUAUAUUUCAUAAUGCAAGUUGCAGUGUCCCUCCAGUGUUUUUCACAAGUGAAAUAUAAAAUUUUGAAUUGAGGAAUGAAACAGUCAAUUUGUUCAGAAUUAAAAAUAAUUUAUCCGUCAGGACAUGUCUGUCACGAAAUAUCAUAUUUUUGUUGAAGAAAUCAUUAUGCUUAGAAGAUAUCCAUGUUUAGCAAGUGUCCAAAGUCUGAAGUGUGAGACAGUGACCUUACCCAAAGUGUUCUUCGUACUUAGACAGUUAUUUUACAGUGAUAUUUUACCUCAGUUUAUGAACAAUGCCGUUUAUCUUCUUAGUGAUUUAUUCACGAUUGUUAUGCAGCCAUAUUGUGUUGAAUGUUUGAAUUUAACCAUGAAAGAAAAUGUAAGCUUGUUUGGAUAAAUGUGCCAGUAUUUUCUAUAGAUUUAAAAAAAAUAUUUAAGAUAUUUUAA